UAAACGCAGCAUUACUGAUGACGUUGCAGAAGGAAGAUAAACAUGGCGUCGGGACAGCAGUGGGUGUUGGUGGAAAUGGUGCAAGCAUUUUAUGAGGCUCCUGCUUACCACCUGAUUCUGGAGGGUAUCCUCAUACUGUGGAUCAUCAGACUUCUGUUCUCUAAGACCUACAAACUUCAUGAGACCUAUAAACUGACAGAGAAGGAGAAAGAGGACCUGAUUGAGGAGUGGCAGCCAGAACCGCUGGUUCCUCCUGUUUCCAAAGACCACCCCUCCCUUAAUUAUGAUGUUGUCACAGGUCCUCCGAGCCACAGAAUCAUAAUUAAUGGAAAAGAGUGCAUUAACUUUGCAUCAUUUAACUUCCUUGGUCUUCUGGACAACGAGCGGGUGAAGCAAAAAGCUUUGGCAUCACUGAAGAAAUAUGGAGUGGGCACAUGUGGUCCAAGGGGCUUCUAUGGUACUUUUGAUGUUCACCUGGAGCUGGAGAGUCGUCUGGCCAAAUUCAUGAAAACAGAAGAGGCCAUCAUCUAUUCGUAUGGCUUUGCAACCAUUGCCAGUGCAAUCCCUGCAUACUCCAAGAGAGGGGACAUCAUCUUUGUGGAUGAAGCUGCAUGCUUCUCCAUCCAGAAGGGUCUUCAGGCGUCCCGCAGCUUCAUCAAAUACUUCAAACACAAUGACAUGGAGGAUCUGGAGAGGCUUCUCAAGGAGCAGGAGCUGGAGGACCAGAAGAAUCCUCGUAAAGCUCGAGUAACCCGGAAAUUUAUUGUAGUGGAGGGGCUGUACAUCAACACUGCAGACAUCUGUCCUCUCGCCGAACUGGUAAAGCUGAAGUACAAGUACAAGGUGCGGAUCUUUCUGGAGGAGAGCAUGUCUUUUGGUGUGUUGGGAGAACACGGCCGAGGAGUCACAGAACACUUUGGGGUCAAUAUAGAUGACAUUGACCUGAUCAGUGCCAACAUGGAGAAUGCUGUAGCUUCCAUUGGAGGCUUCUGUUGCGGACGCUCCUUUGUCAUCGACCACCAGCGUCUGUCAGGUCAGGGCUACUGUUUUUCAGCCUCCCUGCCUCCCAUGCUGGCUGCUGCUGCCAUCGAGGCCCUUAACAUCAUGGAGGAGGAUCCAGAUAUUUUCACUGUCCUGAGGGAAAAGUGCAAACUUGUUUACAAGGCUUUACAGGGAACUCCUGGUCUGAAGUUGGUGGGAGUCCAGUGUGCACCAUCUCUUCACUUACAGCUGGAGAGAAGUUCAGGCUCCAGAGACUCUGACAUGCAGCUGCUGCGCAACAUUGUAGAUUAUUGUAUGGAGAGACGUGUGGCUCUGACCCUCGCUCGAUACCUGGACAAAGAGGAGCGCUUCCUCCCCCCACCCAGUAUCAGAGUGGUGGUCACCAUCGAACAGACGGAGGAGGACAUCAAGAAGGCUGUGACUUGUAUCCAAGCAGCAGCUUCAGCUGUCCUCAAUAUGACCAUUUAGCGUUUGACACUUGUGAAAUAAAGUGUCCAUCACUGGAAUCCACUGAGUUGACUGUGUAGGACAUGACUGAGGGGAACACUCCCAACAGACACUCCACAGCCCUGCACAUUGAUGGUGUCAUGAGGACCUUUACUGAUAAACGCACAUUGUGUCUUCUAGCCUUGCAUUUGUGUGUCUCUUUAUUAGUCAGGCGUGUAGAACCUGAUAAUGUAAUACAUUUCCGAUAAUGUAAUAACCCCGAUAAUGUAAUAAAAAUCUGCACUUGAGUCCAUUGAAAAUGUAGUAAAACCUGAUAAUGUAUAACUUCUCAAUAAUGUAAUAAAGUGCAUUUCCCAAUAAUGUAAUACACUUUUUACCAAUAAUGUAAUAAAGUAUAACAUUAAUGGCCUUCAUUUCGCAAGUCCUGAUAAUGUAAUAAUUCCCCAAUAUUGUAAUAAUUUAACAGCAGACCAUCCAUUACUUGGGUUCAAGUGGUGAUACUGUGUAGGCAACUCUAACUCAAGAGCUCUAGCGCCACAAACAGGUCAAAGUUAAAUGUUUAUUAACUUUUGACCCGUUCAUUCGUUUUUCACAAAGGAUGUAUCACUGGAACACUUGGGCCAAUCCGAGCUCAAUGCAUCCUCAAUGGGGUUUUUCUGCCAUAUUGGAUUUUCCGCCAUCUUUGAUUUGAUCAAAAAUCUUCCAUUAAUGUUAUACUUUAUUACAUUAUCGGGAAGUUAUUACAUUAUCAGGUUUUAUUACAUUUUCAGUGGACUCAAGUGCAGAUUUGUAUUACAUUAUCAGGAAUUUAUUACAUUACAUUAUCAAGUUCUACAAGGCGGCUUAGCUAAAUAAAGGGGACAUGCCGAACAAAAACACCAAAUUUUUUGUACAUGCUCUCUGUCACCAUAGGUUUCAAUUUUUGGUAGGAGUCACUUCAUCAAGAUUGUGGAUCCGAGAUGGCAGCCAUAUAAAGUCUAUGAGAACCAAUAUAUCUUCCAAGCCACUUAGAAGGUCAAUCUUGGUGUCAAAAUAGGCCUAUACAUUUUCUCUUGGGAAAAAUGUAUAUUCAAGAUCUGACAUGAGAUGAAAGCAAGUCUGACGUGUCCUCUUUAUUCUUAAAUCUGGUCCCAAGCCGCCUGACUAUAUUCUUUGCCUCUCUCUUCUUCUCAUUCAUCACGUGUCAUAAUCAUACUGCAUGUACCACAUGUUGUAUCCUGUUAUGAAUGUAAAAAGUGGGCCUCCAGCAGGACUGUUUGCAGCUGGCUUUUGUCUCUAAUACAGAAAAAACAGCUGCAGUAAGAAUUAGACCUGAUCUCCAUAGACCAAAUGACUUGUUGCUUUUUCUGUACUGACCAAAGACGAGACAGUGUGCUCAUUGUUUUAUUUAAUAUGUUUGCCUUCCACUAGAACAUGAACUGUACAUGAGGACUGUGGUUUUAUAUUUCAUUUGUUUGUUUACACUUUUUGGUUGUUGACUUUAAGUCAACCUUUAAUUCUUUGUUUGCA